AUGCAGGGGCCGCGAGACGACCCGGAGCCCAAGAUGGUGAACGUGUUCGAGGUGCUGAAGCAGGCGGCCGCGGGAGCCGCCUUCUGGAACGAUUCGUCCGUCGCCGCGUGCGCCGGGGACAUCCGCCGAGUGAUGGACGGAGCUCUGGCGCGCAAGCGCUGGGCUCUCAUGAUGGUGGACGCGACGGCGAAGCUCCCGGAGCCGCUGCUGGGCGGCCUCACCUUGCACCUGGGCGACUACGACCAGUGCCUGCGCGCCCGCUCCCAGGCGUUCGCGGGCCGCUACUGCCUGGCGGCCGCCAUGGGCCAGCGCAUCGCCACGUGCGUGCCUUCCACGUGCACGUGGCGCUCGCUGGACGCGCUGCUGGCCAACGGCAGCGCCGGCGUGGUGCGCGUGCCCGCCCACACGUGCCAGGCCGCCGCCGACCCCUUCGCCUUCCACCCAGCCCUCGUCGCCUUCGGUGUGCUUGAGUUGACGUGGGGCGUGUGCUUGUACAGGGUGGUGGUGCUGCUGGCCGUGCUCAACGCCCUGGGCUGGUUCCUGCUGACGUACAGUGUUGGUAGUGCUGCUGGCUGUGCUGAACGCCCUGGGCUGGUUCCUGCUGACGUACGAGGGCGUGCGGCGGAGGCUGCCCGUGGGUUGGCAGCCCUCGCCCCAGACGGCCAUCGCCAUGUCACCGCCUGGAGGAAGAUAAUCGAGUUGCCCGAACCCCGCCCCUGCCCCAAAAGUCACUCUCCAGGAACAGGGGGUUCUGGAGGUGGAGAUAAUGCGAGGAAUGGGGAUGGUUCUGGGGCCUCGGGCGAGGAACAAGGCGUGAAGUGCGUGGGCGCGAAGGACCCCGGUGACUUUAGCUGGGCGCUUUCGCGUAUGUCGGCGCUUGGCGGGUUGCGCUCUCUGUCCAUGGUGAGUGUGGUGAUCACCCACCGGGAGGGACUGAUGCUGAAUCUACCGUUGCUGAACAAGCGGGAGCUGCCGCAGCGGCUGCAAGGGUGGCUGCAUGUUUACUUCCCGCUCGGCUCCCUUGGGAUCGACACCUUCCUCUUUGUGGCCGGGUUCGUGCUGGCCUACUCGUUUGCCUGCACCCGCCGCCGCCAGCCGCGCUCUCUCAGCCAGCUGCGCUCCUGGCUUCCAACUUCUAUUUGCACAGAUACAUCCGGAAGUGGUGGUAAUAAACUCACGCUGAAUGGCUAG